GAAACUUUGAAAGUUUCAAUGGUUCCAAAACGGGCCACGCCCCCCACUCUCUUUCCGCUGUCGAAGCAAUCGUUUAUUCCUUCGCUAUCUUCCACAAUUCAAUUUUAAUUCGUUUUCUUCGUUUGAACGCUUUGAUCCUCUCCGGUAUGAAUCUGCACUUCGUUGUUUUACUUUCUUUGAAGAAUUCUUUUGACGGGAAGAAAUAGUUGAAAUUGCUGGAGACUGUUCUGCACCACGACGGAAGCGGAGCAGAUGGAGAAACUUAACGUGGGCAAGUGUCAUAUUCGGUUCUUCUGGUUCUUCAUCUCUCUCUGUUUUGCUCUAUCCUUCCUCUUUCUUUACUUCAGUUCUGUCACUUUGUUCGAUGGAAAGAGCAGGUAUGACUACCCUGUUCUGUCCCCCUACUCGAAUUUGAUGGCUAUUUCAGAAAACGAUGCCAAACCCAUUACUCGAUCACCUGCAACGGAUCAUGUCAUGCGUAAUCAGUCCGACUCUAUUGACAGAGUGACUGUGACUAAUGAAGCAUUACCAAUGGAGGAGAAGGGUGAUGAACCGGUUGAGGAUAAACCUGUGAAAGAAACAUCUAGUAUUGACAAGAGCAAGAGAUCCGAGCCAGCUGAUGAACGACUACCCAUUACAGAGAACACGACGGGGCCUGAUUCCGAUAUCUGCUCCGGUCGUUAUGUUUACCUCUAUGAUCUCCCUAGUAGAUUCAAUGAUGAAAUUAUCAAAGACUGUCGGUCCAUCAAUUUGUGGUAUGAUAUGUGUAGGGCCUUGGAGAACGGGGGCCUCGGUCCUCAACUGGUUGACACCGAAAAAGUCUUCUCUCACAAGAGCUGGUAUGUGACCGACCAAUUCACUUUGGAAGUCAUCUUCCAUGAAAGGAUAAAACACUACAAGUGCUUAACAAACGAUUCAUCUCUGGCUUCAGCCUUUUAUGUACCCUUCUAUGCAGGUCUGGAUGUAAGCCGUUACCUCUGGGGGUUUAAUACAUCAAUGCGAGACAGUGCUGCGCUUGCUCUUAUGAAGUGGCUCACUAAGAGAGAUGAAUGGAAGCUUAUGUGGGGGAGGGAUCACUUCCUAGUUGCAGGAAGGAUAACAUGGGACUUCAGGAGGUUGACAGAAGAGGACCAAGAUUGGGGUAGCAAGCUGAUGAUCUUGCCUGAAGCUAAGAACAUGUCUGUUUUGGUGAUUGAAUCAAGCCCUUGGCACAGAAACGAUUUUGCAAUUCCUUAUCCAACCUACUUCCAUCCUUCAAGAGACAAUGAGAUCUCCCAAUGGCAGAACAGGAUGAGGAGACUCAAGAGGCGUUUCUUGUUCUGUUUCGCAGGUGCUCCGCGUCCCAACCUCAAAGGGUCGAUCAGGGGUGACAUUAUAGAUCAAUGCAUAGCCUCUAGAAGGAGGUGCAGGUUGCUAAGUUGUGAUUCCGGGGGAAACAAAUGCCAAAAGCCAAGUCAUGUGAUGAAGUUAUUUCAAAGCUCUGUUUUCUGUUUACAGCCUUCCGGCGAUUCAUACACUCGUAAAUCGGCUUUUGAUUCGAUGUUGGCUGGAUGCAUACCAGUGUUCUUCCAUCCAGGGUCUGCAUAUGUUCAAUAUCUGUGGCACCUACCCAAGAAUUAUUCAAGAUACUCUGUGUUUAUUUCCGAGAAUGAUGUGAAGGCAGGGAAAGUCAAUAUAGAGGAGAGGCUGCUUAGGAUUCCCAGAGACAAGGUGAAAUCUAUGAGGGAGAAAGUUAUACAGAUGAUUCCUAGACUGAUAUAUGCAGACCCAAGGUCCGGAUUACAGACCAUUGAAGAUGCUUUUGAUUUAGCUGUUCAAGGAGUGAUUGGCAGAGUUAAUAAAAUCAGGAGGGGGAUUAGAGAUGGGCCGGAUUCUGAGAUGGAUUACAGGGAAGACGAGAGCUGGAAGUAUAGGUUGUUUGGGAAUGUGGAAAGAAAUGAAUGGAGUCCUUUCUUUACUAAUUGGAAGGAUUCAGACUCCUAGUUGGGAAUUAGAGGAAAAAAAAAACAUAGGUGUAAAAAGAGGAUAGAGACCCAUUUUCGGGUCAUUUUGUGCAAAUAUAUUGUAGUUUCAUAAACUUGACUUAAAAAUGUUGUGUUCAAUAUUGUUUAAAAGUUAUUAGUUCUCUCUCUCUAGUAGAAAUUUAAG